ACCGGGUUUUCCGCGAUUUUCCGCAAAAACGGCUCCAACCCCAACAGACCGGUCUAAUCAGAAUUCUGCAUUUGAAUUUUUGCAUUUUUCGCACAAGUGUUUUUUUUGGCAAACUUUUUUCAAAUUUACAAAACCAGUGGUUGUAAACUAAUAAACUUUCCAAUAAGAAUACUACCAUUAACUUCAGUGUCACCUCAUCACCACCUUCAAGAUUCGCAAUGCAAAAAUAAGGCUUAGUCCACACGGAGCGGUCGAGCCGCGAUGCAAGCAAUGAGCGCCAGCCAGAGCGCUCCGCGGGCGCCGCAGCGGUCCCCAUUCGCCAUCCAAGAACUACUUGGCUUAUCAGACAACAGAGAAAGCAGGGAGCGCUACUUCGAGAGGGACAAUGAUAGAGUUUUAAACCUUUCGGAGAGCCGGGACGGGCCGCGCACGGCGUACACGCCACAGUUCCAGCUGCCAGCGUCGAUGGCCAGCCGAGUGGCGUACGCGGCGGCGUUCAACGCGCAGGCGGCCGUGGCGGCGGCGUUCCUGCCCGCGCCGCCGCUGCUGCACCCGCCGCCCGGUUUCCCGCAAAUAAAGUCUCCUUACAGUCCCACGUCGCAGCCGCAUCUAACAGCGGUACAGCGGUUUUAUUCAGAUUUCUACCAGAGGCACAACGAAAUCGGUGACAAAGGAGUGUCGCCACUAGAAGCAGCUAAGGACUUCACCGUCGACGGACUAACAGGUUACAACGGAAAGAAGAAGAAAAAGAAACGCCGACACAGCCGGACGAUAUUCACCUCGUACCAACUAGACGAGCUAGAGAAGGCUUUCAAGGACGCGCACUACCCCGACGUGUACGCCAGGGAGAUGCUCUCACUCAAGACUGACCUUCCUGAAGACAGGAUACAGGUGUGGUUCCAAAACCGCAGGGCGAAAUGGCGAAAGACAGAGAAAUGUUGGGGGCGAAGCACCAUCAUGGCGGAGUAUGGGCUGUACGGGGCCAUGGUGAGACACUCGUUGCCGCUUCCGGAGACUAUAUUGAAGAGUGCGAAGGAAAACGACCAGGUCGCACCCUGGUUAUUAGGCAUGCACCGCAAGUCCAUCGAGGCGGCCGCGCACCUCAAGGAGUCGGGGUCGGAGCGCGAGGGCUCGGAGGCGGAGCAGGAGCCCGCCCGGGAUGGCGCCGCUAGUCCGCCGCACCAGCCUGAUGCGGCACACGAUCAUCAGACACAAAGCUCGCCCGCCUCCUCAGCCACGUCCUCCUCACACAAGCAGCCUCGCUCGCCCGACCCGGAGCCCUACGAGGACCCCGAAGCCUUCCGCAACAACAGCAUCGCGUGCCUCCGGGCCAAGGCGCAGGAGCACCAGGCUAGGCUGCUGAGCAGCAACUUGUUGUUGCAGGUGCGAGGCUUAUCAAGAGGUGCCCACGGCGUGCCCAGCAACGCUCCGAGUGCAGCCGGCGACGACGACGGCCCUCUAGACAUAGACGUAGGAACAGAGGCACCUCCGCUAGACCCGUCUCACCCGCACCCCAACCACCACUACUGACGCGAGGCGACCGCGCUCGACGACGGUCGCGCCACGACUGAAGCCGAAGCGUUCAAACACCACAGACAAUUCUAAAAGCUCGGAGCUCAUUGGUUUAAACAACACAGACAAUUUUAGAAGCUCGUCGCUCAUUGGUUGGUAAAUGGGACGCGAUGAUUGGUCAGAUCUGACUUGAUUGUGUUCGAACUGUUACAUUUGAAUUCGUUUGGUACUUACGUGUAAUUAUGUAAAUUGUAGAGCGUACUUAUUUAAAACUACUUUUGUUCGUGCAAUACUUUUAGUUGUUUAAGUAUUUAUAUGCGUAGCCUGUUGUGUUAGCGUAUUGUAACUGUAUAUAAGUUUCCUCGUAGAUACAUAGUUUGUUGUAUGACAAUGUUAGAUGAUCUUCAAAGGUUCUGUGUUUCUUGUAGAAUGCUACAAGAUCAAAUUAAUUGAAGAUAUCUAAGAAUACUAAGUGGUCUAAGUUAUUUCGAGCCUAAGGUAUAUAUUUAUUGUAUUGGUACUUAUACUAAAGUUAACUUAGAUAAAAUGUGUACAUAAAAACUAUUUGUAGGAUGUUAAAGAAAC